CAUAUCAUAAAAGAUGUGAGAGGGAAUGAUGAGGGGAGCACAAAGACAGAAGGGAAGAGAAAGGACAGGGAAGGAGGAGAUCUGCCUAAACUCCGCCUCCGGUCUCGGAUCCUCUCGCAUUCCUUCUUCACAGCCCCUCACGCUGGAGAUAGAGAAAGAAAGGGAAGGAGAAACAAGAAGGCCACGAAGAAAAGAGGGGGAGCAGUGAAACGACCAUGGCAAUAUCCAAAACGUCUCAGCGUGAGAUAGAGUCCGAUCCCAGCGCACUUCCACCACCGUCGACCCCGGCUCGGAGCAUGCAGUCGCACAAUAGACAGAGUCCUGAUGAAUGAGGAGCUUUACCUGGGCCGUGGACAAAAUGAGGGUCAUCUUCAUCCAAAACGCCGGUUUCGUCGCAGCUUUCUCGCCUUUCUCGUGAUGUUGGCAGUGUUUGGGACGACAGAUGAUGUGAACGAGCCAGAGCUAACCACAGCCAGAUCAUGCGAGUAAAUUGAGGAGUAAGGGGAUCGUAGCAAUUUAUUUAGGCUGUUUUAUUUUUAUUUUAUUUUAUUUUAAUGGGAUAGAGAGCUUGCACAUAUUUAUAGCCAGUAUAGCAUCUCUGAAUCGAAAGUGUGCUCAGCUUCCGGCAUGCAGCCUGCUGUCGAAAUCUGAAUAAUAGACUAUAUUUUUUAACUAUAUUGGCCCUAGAAUGAAUUUUUAACCAAUGAUAGAGUAUGUACCAGGUUAUUAAGGUCCGAUCCUUUUAGACUUCCGCACUCAUGUAGUAAUCCUUUAGUAUAUAGCAAUUAUUAAUAUGAAUAGGUAGAAGGAGAGAUCUCUGGCCACUAUGAUCAAAGCCUAUUGAUCAACUGAGACAAUCUGGAAAUGUCAGUUUCCACGUGUGAUAACAUGACUGGCGUCGUUCCUUGUAAUUUAUUUAUUUAUUAUUACUAUUAUUAGGCCUAUAAGUAUUAUAUUAUCGAUUUAUUUUUUAGGUAGGUAGUGAUAUAUUUAACAGUGGGAAGGCUGUUUUAAACCCUUCCCUAUAGUGAGAUGGAAACCGCUUAUUUAUCGUCGCACCGGGGGGGCACCCGUCCCGACGCCCAGACGGGCCAAAGCUCGGCGGGUGAGCCCUCCGCUGCACCACCACCUUCAACUCCACCUGCCGGCAGCUCACCUGAGGAGACCCCGACGAGUGGUGAUGGACGGAGAAACUCGGGCGUGAAGAAACACCAUCACAAGCACAACCUGAAGCAUCGCUACGAGCUGCUGGAGACGCUCGGAAGAGGCACCUAUGGCAAAGUCAAGAAGGCCAUUGAGCGGCACUCCGGCAGAGAGGUGGCUAUCAAGUCCAUUCGGAAGGAGAAGAUUAAGGAUGAGCAGGACAUGGUACACAUUCGUCGAGAGAUUGAGAUCAUGUCGUCCCUCCGCCACCCCCACAUCAUCUCUAUAUAUGAAGUGUUUGAGAACAAGGACAAGAUCGUGAUUGUGAUGGAGUAUGCCAGCAAGGGCGAGCUGUAUGACUACAUUAGCGAGCGUCGGCGCCUGAGCGAGCGGGAGACGCGGCGCUUCUUCAGACAGAUAGUCUCCGCCGUGCACCACUGUCACAAGAAUGGAGUAGUGCACAGGGAUCUGAAACUGGAAAAUGUGCUACUGGAUGAAAACUGUAAUAUUAAGAUUGCUGAUUUUGGGCUGUCCAACCUCUACCAUAAAGACAAGCUACUGCAAACCUUCUGCGGUAGCCCCCUAUAUGCUUCACCGGAGAUCGUCAAUGGGAGACCAUACCGUGGCCCGGAGGUGGACAGCUGGGCCCUCGGGGUGCUGCUGUAUACCCUGGUCUAUGGAACCAUGCCGUUUGAUGGGGGAGACCACAAGAACCUCAUUCGCCAGAUUAGCAACGGCGAGUACAAAGAGCCCACUCAGUCCUCAGAUGCCCGUGGACUGAUCCGCUGGAUGCUGAUGGUGAAUCCUGAGCGUCGAGCUACAGUGGAGGACAUUGCCAAUCACUGGUGGGUGAACUGGGGCUGGAAGAACAGCGUGUGUGACUGCGAGACCCAACGCGACCACGGAGGCUCGCCCAUGCUGGCCCGUUUCAUCGACUGGCAGAACCGCACUGAGCCACGUGGUUCUGGAGCCAAAGCUGCGGCCAUGCCCCAGCUGCUGCGCCAGAGGCCCAAGAAGUCCAAGAAGGAGAAUGUUGAGGCAGGACAGAUGCACAGUGGAGGCGAGGACAAGCCAGGUCUAAAGAGACCCAAAGGCAUCCUGAAGACCAGGGUUACCGAAGAGCACCAAUCUGUAAGUCCUGAAGAGGUGGAGCUGGGUCAGGUAGCGCUGCCUCAGCAAGCUGAAGGUGGAGAGGAGGCUUCCAGCCCAGACCGAGAGGAAGAGGAGCCGACGCUGGGAGGAGUCUCCCCAGCCAAGAUCGUGCCGUCUCUGCCCAAAAAAGGCAUCUUGAAGAACAACCAACAACGGGAAUCAGGGUACUACUCUUCCCCAGAGCGCAGUGAGUCCUCCGAGCUUUUAGGGGGCGCCAGCAUGUCUCUGCUAGCCACCUCCCCACCCAAGAGAGCCAUGGGGAGAAAGGGUAUCUUGAAGCGAAAUGGCAAGUACUCCACCUACAGCGGGCCUCCCUCAUCAGCGACGGUGGCCGGAGUCCUCGGUGAGCCUCCUCCAUCGACCGACUCUGGUUUGUCCCGCAGUCAGAGUCGUCCCUCCAGCAUAGUGGGAGAGGACAGCUCCGUCCUGUCCCUGUCACCCAGCUCCCUCAGCGGGGCCGAGUGGCAUCCUUCCACACCCCACCUCCGCCCAAACAUCAGGGCUUGUGUCUCGGCUGAAAACCUGCUGCAGCUCGCCAACUUUAAAGGCUUCCAGGCAGCCCCGCCAAUCCAGGGACACAAAUUCAGCCGUGGCCCCAAAACGAAAGGCUCCCCAGGGGACAAUGGCAGCUUCUCCUUGUUGGGGGACCUGGAGGACAUGACUCAGGUGUACCAGCAAGCCCUGGACAUCAGCAGCAACCUCAACUAAUAGAUGGGUGGAAGACAGAGAAGAAGAGGGAUUUUAACACGAGUGUGUGUUUGUGUGUGCGUAUGUGUACAGAUGUGUAUGCGUGACACUAACGACCAGUGCGUUACUGGGAUCGGCCUUUCGUAGCUUGUGGCUUUUUCAAAUGGGGUUGAAAUCUCGAUGGAAAAGAUGCGUCGCUACACUCGCACACACGCACUCACACACACGCAGGCACACUUCUCUGGCUAGAAAACAUUUAGUUAAGGUUUUCUGUGCAGGAGAGAGACAGAGCUGGCAUGAGAGAAUGCCACCCAGUCAGCUCUCUUGGCCCGCCCAUAGACUUUGCUGUGUUCAACAUGUUUACAUAUUCAGCAAGAAGGCAAGUUAGAAUCACAAAUGCAGCAAUCAGAAACUGGUUGGCUCUGCUUAGACAUCACCCAUUUCCAUGUAUGAGUUUACAACAGCACCUUAGAACUCAAAACGGAGCAUAUGCUUUUGUGAUCUUUACUUACUUUAAAAAAAAAGAAAGAAAGAGAAAUGAAACAAACCAGGGUCUUGUUCCAAAAAAAAAAAUAGCAUUGCUGAUUAUUUAUUAAUAUUUUGUAGCUUUAGUUUUAAGUGCAAAACUGGUGGGCGCUGGCUAUUACUGGAAGAGUCCAAAGCUCCUUGUCUCCAACUGUGUUUGUGGAACUGACAUAUAUAAUUAUGUUACUCGGUGACGAGAAACAUCUAUAUACCCCAAUAUAUAACUGUGUCUGUGUAUGUACAACACGCAGGCAAGUAUACCUUCAUAAAAGCAUAUGUCCUAUAUAUGUUUAUGAUACUAGGAAAUAUGUAGGAAGUGCCUUUUUUUGAUUCAUAAUACAAAUUAUGUAUGUCAUUUCCUUAAUGUGGAGGGAAAAGCCAGGCCAACCUGUCACCAGUUGUGCUUUUUUGUAUCAUGUUGUUUGUGAAUGUAGAGAGACCCAGGGCCUUCAUAGCACAGCUGACUAACUACUUACUCCUCCCCCCCUCCCCCCCAUCAAAGCCCAUUCCUUCUACACAGGUGAAAUUACACACAGAUAUACCAGCAUCUACAGGCCAAGAAAACAAAAAACCUUCCUCCGUGGUCUUUGUCAGUGUUAAAGUUUGUAGUUUGGUUUGUCUGCAGUUAAGGCCUGGUUGAACAUACUUUUGUUGGCAGGACAAGAGGUCUGGAGGGGCUCACCUAGUGGGACAUCUAGUGAAGGGAGAUAGCACAGACAACAUCUCACAGUCCUGGAAUGUGUCUGGCUAUAACCCUGGUUCUUUCACAUUUUUUGGGCCUACCUGAAAAAAGUACGAGGUGCUUUUUCUUUCUUUUAUUUAUUUAUAUUUUGGGGGUUUUUUUUACUAAAGAAGAUUAGGUGCUUUCCAUUGCUGGGCUGGUUAAUAUUUUACCCCAAGCUCUUCAAAAGAGCUAAGUAAGGUGGGUUUUUUUUAGCUCGCUGAUGACGCAGCAAAUUCCUCAGAGGGAGGCAGGAGACGUGCUGGUGCUAGAGAUCUGUACUGUACCCGAGUCAGCACAGGUGGGAUCUGCGGUCAGUGCUCAGCCCCUCCAGCUGUGUAUACUAGUUCAUUAUGUCAACCAAGCACAAUUAGCCAGCUAUUGUUUUCAUUUGAGCGGUGAGAGAGAGAGGCGGUGCGUAGAGACUUAUAGCUAGAGGGAGAAGAAAGGUGUGAGAAAGAGUGAUGCAUGGAGCAGUGGUGAGAUUAGAGCAGUCUUUCCUGUAAAACGCAGAAAAGGUCGAGGUGUUAGAAUUGUUUUAGUUUUUGAAGGCUUUGUAACGUAGACUAGUGAAAGUAAAGAAAGUGAAUAGAAGGAGCAGAGGAAAAGUUUUUGUUUUAUACCAAAGAAGUAAUGAAACUGACAAUGAUUCAGGGGAAUGGGUGAGUCAGGGGCUUGUCAGAGUCCUUGCAUUUUUCUUAGGAAUCUCCCCAACCCCCCCACGGUGUAUGAAAUCAUCCCCACAUUGGCUUGACCUGCUUUAUUUUUCUUCUGUUAUUCCCUAACAGAGAUGCUGGAGGCUGUUGAUAUAGCUUGUUUUGAGGGUCAUUGUGUGAUCCCAGUCUUCUGUAUGGCCUUAGAAAUUGUGAUACACUUUUCAACAGCAGCAAAAGAGAUGUCAAAAAUUGGAGAACGAUGACUGACAUCAUCCGAUACGUUAAAUGAUGUGAGUGGAAAAGCAUGUCGUGGAGGACCCCAAGGGAAAAAGAUCAAGUGUUGAAUGUUUUCAGCGGUCGCAUGUGCGAAGAAAAGGUCCUGGGUUCUGACUCAAAUGAAAAGACCCACUGCGUAUUAUAUUGCAUUUUAUUGCCUUUUGUAUUGCAUUAUAUUGUCAACUGGAUUUACAGUGAGAAAAUUAUACUAUGUUAGUAUUUUGUUUUAUUAUGCUUCUGUUUUUGAUUUUCCAAAAUAUAAGAAAUGUUUUAUUGCUUUAUGUUAUGGCAGAAAAAAAUACUUCCUUCCUUGAAGUGUCACAAUUUCUCUCCAAAGGAAAAAAAACACAACAAAAAGCAAACAAAAACAGCCAAAUCUGGUGUGAAAUUGGUGAACUCGCACACAUUUCCCCCUGUUUUUGGAAUACCCACAGGUGAAAGUGUUAGCUGGAAAAAAGAGCACAUUUUUACUAAUAGCUGACUGCAAGAAAUUUUUAUUUUCACAUCUACCAAAGCAGGGGAGGCUAAAAUAUGCUGGAACAACACCAGGAGGGGGGAAAAAAAGGAAAUAAAUCAAUGGAAAGAAUCUGAUGAUAAAACAUUAACUCUGCCAAACUGGAAAUAACUGGUGCAUAUCUGUUAGUUAGCAGAAAUUCUAAUCAUAGGAAAACUUGACUGGAUAUUGUUAUGACAAUAAUAAUAAAUUAGUAUUUUUAUGUUAUUUAAGCAUUAUUUUGGUUACAGCUUUUUACUAUUGCGGGAUAUUGCCAAAAUUUCUUUUAUUGGUUUUAUUUGUUUUUAUCUGUGGGUGAUCCUGGACUGCCAAGGUAUUGUAAGUUGCGUGCCUUUGGUAUCUUUCAUGAUUUUUUUUCUUCUUUUUUAAAAUUUGAUAAUGAAAAUUAUUAUCAAUGUGUUUUUUUUAUACUUGUAUUUAUUGAUCAAGCCAUUUAAAGUUGAUGUCAAAGUACUUCAUGUUCAUGCUUUGGCCUGCUUAGGACUUUAGUGUUUUGUGUUCAUGACGCACUGCACACAGAAAUAUUGUUGCUUCUUUAAAAUAGAGUGGUGUCAUCUCAUUGUGAAGGAGGUGGUGAAGUAUCUGAGGAGUGACAAAUCAAUAAAAGUUCCUGAAAUCCUGUAGAAUGUCUUAAUCUGUCAGCUCGGGUCAACACGAUGCCCCUGUAGUACUGUAUCAACUCAAAUAAAUGGAUCUUGAAGGUAA